AUGGAUCAUGCCGAUCAAAUAGCAAGAUUAUGUUUACAACAAUAUAAUUCUUUUGGAAAAGGUGGUGCUAAACCAAGGAUUAGACAAGAUGGGAGAUAUGAAUGGACAGUAUUGGCUGGAAUUGUUCUUUCCGUUCAAUCAGAAUGGCAUUGUAUCGCUUUGGCAACAGGCGUGAAAGCGUUGCCAUUCUCACAUCUUUCCAAACAUGGCGAUUUACUGCACGAUUCUCAUGCUGAGGUAUUGGCUAGAAGAGCUGCAAGACAUUGGCUUUUGCAGAGAUUGCUUGACGAGAAUGAUGAUCUGAUAUCUUCUCAUCUGAAGGGUAUACCACGCAUAUUUGUUAGAAAUGACAACCGCUUCGGCCUAAUCGAAGAUGCACACUUGCAUCUGUAUUGCUCGACUUUACCAUGCGGGGACUUGUCCUCCUCACUGAUUGCUGAUGAAAAGCACGACAAUGAAGCCCCAUCCCCUACAGUCUUACGAGGUCGGACUAUGUCUUCCUCUACCCAAACACACAUUCGAACCAAACCUGGUCGCCCUGAUGCAGAACCAAGCAUUUCGAUGAGCUGCAGUGACAAAAUUGCCCAUUGGACAUUGAUGGGUAUUCAGGGUGCAUUGCUGUACGGAAUCAUUGGAAAAGUCUCACUGCAAUCAUACGUGAUUGGAAAUCAGGCCUUUCCAGAUCAAGCUGAUGCGCUGGAGAAGUGUCAGAAGAUGUUACGGAGAAAGUGUGGAAAUGGACCCAUCCCGCAAAUUGCCUUCGCUACCCUUCCUUUUCUACACAGUCGAGAAAGUGUUCAAGAAGAUCUACUCAAUCACAAACCGGACGCAUGCGUCUCGGGUCCAUCAGAUGAGCGAGAUCUUGUGCCAAGUGCGAAUUCUCUGGUUUGGUGUUUGGGUGCAAAACCACAAGGUAUCGUUGAAGGACAUCGUCAAGGCGCAGCUCUACGCAGAUCAGCCGGUGAACCUUUGAGACAAUCUAGUCGAUCUACCUUUUGCAAGUUGGAUUGGUUCAGGUUUGUUUGUGAUGCAAAGAAGCGUCUGGAUAUGCAACUUACUCCCAACGCAACUUACUCUGAAUGCAAGGAGGCCAUAACAGAAUACCGCAAUCAUAAAGACCUUCUGCGUGGGUUAUCCGGAAUAAACUCUCUUGAUCGCCCAGCCUAUCAGCAACAAUCAAUCAAUGCUUUUCUAGGGCAACAAUCGUUCCCUUCUCCUUCGCUUAUUGACAGUGAGGCCCCCUUCGCGGGCUGGUUGGUCAGUAGUCACUCCCUCGAGCAAUUCAAUCAUAAUGGUCACGAGAUUGUGCAAUAA